AUGGCGACACAAGAAACCACCCCCAUUUCCGACGAAGUCCCCUCUCCUUCCUCUUCCCAAGUCUCUUCAUCCUCAAGCGAUUCUGGGUUCCCGAAUACUUCUCUAUCCUCGAGCACCUCUGGAUUUCUAUCCUCAAGCACCUCUUCCGGGGUUCCUUCACCGAUCAACACGACCGGGCUGAACAGCACCCUCGCCUCCCAUACGCCUGUCCCUACUGAUAAUGCUCCGCAAAAGCCUACGCCCCCAACAGCGGCAGCACAGUCGCCUCACGCCCUCGCGAUCAAGUCGACGGAGCGCGACCACGUGAACUUGAAUCAUUUUCUGCUCAGCGCUACGCCCGAGCGGGAAAUCGUGUCCGAACUCUCCUCGAUCCGGAACCUUUUGGAGGCUCACGUGGAGGAACACUACCAUCUUCAGCCGGUCCGGUGCGAUGUGGCCCUUCUCACCAACGCGGUCUCGAACCUUGGUCUGGGGAGGCAGGGGAGUCUGUCUCCGGCGGAGGCUACUUCUCUCGCGCUGAACCCGCAGACGCGCUACGCGACACUUCGCCAUAUCCUCUCCGAGGUCAUCUUCAGCAGUGCAAGCCUCCACGGACAAUGCCCCAUAUCAAUUCUACCUGCCCCCAUGGCCAUGUUCGCUCAGUCCAUCCCGCCUGUCGAAUCAAAAUUGGGCAAUGCGGAGGCUACCUUGCUGGCACUAACAAAAUGGCGAACGAUAUCCACGUUUCUUCUUAGCCCAUGCCGCAGCGAUCGCUCCCCGCUCCAAGUCGACAAAGUUGCGUCAGCGGGUCAAGUAGACGCUCUCGCCAGUUCACUAAAUGGGUUCCUUGAGCCCUUUAUCACUCCUGACCCCUCAGGCCGCCUCCAGCAGGUUGAACACCUGAAGGCCGUAAUCUUGGAGAUCGCUAAGCUAGGCUAUAUUAUACUAUCACAGCCCUCCGAGUGGGAGUUUAGUCAUAGGGAAGAUCUUCGCGGCCAAGGGACCUUCGUCUUCUCUCCCGGCCUCGCAAAGACCCGCGAUAGGGAAGGGAGAGCAUACCAGCCCCUAAGAACAACCCACAAGGUCGUAGAGUUGUCGGGCGUGAAAGCCCUAUACCACGCCGUUGCCUUUACUAUCGAGUUGGAUCAAGUGCCGACUGCUAUCCGAACAUGCAUCGAACUCGUCCGUACCUGCCAUGCUGACCUGUGCGACCUCAUCGACAUGCGCAACGAGUACCUGCCUCUGCUCGAAACCCACCCAAAAAUACUGGAUCGCAUGAAUGGAGUCAUCUCAAAGGCCUACAAGAGUCUCCAAGACGUAUGCCACCUUGUUGAGAAGUGCCGGCCCGUUCCCGGAAGCAACAAAACGACCUUCCGGCGACGGCUGGGAUGGGUUCUCGUGGACUCAUCCACUUUUAAGCAAUACGAGCCCGUGAUCAGUCGGGACCACAGCACCGUCCUUGCCGAGUUCAACUUGUUGAGGCACUUGGCCAUGAACUCUGGAACUUCUGGAGUUCAGAGCGAGGGCGGAAGAUUCAAUGGAGAAUCGACGCCCGCCGCAUAUCGCCCAACAUUCGACAACAUUGAGAUUCUGGGAGAUAUGAUGGGAGGGUCUGCUAGAGCCGCAGUUAUGGCGGGACCGGUUCCGCCGCCGCCCUAUCGUACCACCUCGUGGGAUAACCCGACCGCUUCCUUGGAGGAUACGUUUCUGAAAACCGGCGUUUAUGAUCGAAAAGAGGCUGCAGACAAGGCGUCAUCGCCCACCGGUAACUCGAUGUUUGCCCUUGCGGGCGAGCCCCUUGACCACGCGCCGAAACAAACGAUGCCAGGGGCGAGCAAGAAAGAAAUAUUCCUUUCGAAUGAGCGGCUUGAGGCGUUGAAGGCAGCACGAAAUCUAUCAAGGGUAUCUAUCACAUCUCUUAUAAAUCAAGAUGUAGUCACAUCGGUGACCAGUCCCCAUUUCGCCGAAAACCACGGACCCGCUUCUCUCUGCGCUGAGGUCGGUAGUCGUGCCUCUCUAAUAUCGCCGUCUCGGGACCUGCCAGACACCCUCCAGGUCAGCAACACAUUGCCGGCCUCUGGUUCGCCAGAUGAUGAAAGCAAGGACGAACCGCGGGAACCGCUAAGCUGGGACCUAGCACCAGAGGCGCCUAGCCAGAUGCACUCUUGGAGCACGGAUCAGAUCAGCCGUUCCGAAACAGAGACCGGGCCAAUAAAUCAGAAACCAGUUGCUAGGAGCAUCGUGUCCCAUGCCAGCUUCCUUGGUCUCGUGCCGUCCGUCGUCGAGGAUUCGGCUUCAGCCUGUCGCAAGCCCUCGGAUAACGCAAUGAAGGAGACCAAUGAUAUCGCCUCAUUUGUUGACGAUUUGGACACUGAUUCUUUUAGGAGUCAUCCCUUCCGCCGGGGCUUUGUCAAGACUGUUGAGAGCCAGGCAGAAAGUGCCGUUGAUAGAUGCCCUGCAGCGAUCUAA